UCGGGGAACUACUAAGAAUAAGCAAAAAUUAGAAGUUUUAAUUAGAUUGAACCUGGCACACGUGUCUUCCACUGUGUUACUUGCCUAAUAAGUGUAUAUUAAUUGCUUCCCUUAUUUACGAAAACUCUUAUUGGCCCUAGACAAAGAACACUCACGACGUUCCUCCUACAUAAGGUUUAGGCAUUUCCAGCUGUAUUCGGCCUGUCAGCUGGGUUGCUUGCAAUUUUUCAGUAAUGGAUCCGAUUGUAGCUUUGGAGCAAAAUGCGAUUGAUCGACAAAAACCUAUGAUCGAUUCGUUAGCUCACGGUGACUCAGAUGUGCAGGCAUUUUAUAGACAGAAAACUAUAUUUGUGACUGGUGGUACUGGAUUUUUGGGAAAACUGCUAAUUGAGAAACUUUUUAGAACAUGUGAUCUUAAGCGAGUUUAUCUUUUGAUACGUUCUAAAAUGAAUUGCUCUCCGGUAGAAAGGCUAUCUGAUAUUACCAAUGACUCGAUAUUUGAUAGCGUACGGCGUGUAAAUCCUUCGUUUGCGAAUAAUAUUACAGCCAUAGAGGGAGAUGUGUGUGAACUAAAUCUGGGCAUCUCAGAUGCUAACUGGCACAGGCUCGCUGAAGAGGUAGAUAUUCUAUUUCAUAUAGCAGCAAAUGUAAGGUUUGACACGAGUUUGAAAGAUGUGGCUUUAUCUAACGUAAGGGGGACUAGAGAAGCGUUGACGCUCGGCAAAGCGUGCAGGAAUCUAAAAUCCUUUGUCUUCUUAUCAACUGCAUUCUCUCAAGCUACAUGCGAUGUUAUCGGAAAAACAGUGUCUGAGGAGUUUGGCUCCUGUCCAAUAACGCCAGAUGCAUUUAUACAUAUCGCAGAGACUUAUAAUACGGAACAAUUAAACAACAUUGCACCGACAUUAGUUAAGGGUUGGCCAAAUACGUAUACAUUUUCGAAAGCAAUAUCCGAAGAGCUUGUGCGCACGAUGGGCGCUGAUUUACCGGCAUGCGUAGUACGACCUGCGAUAGUGACUCCUACUUAUACUGAACCAGUACCGGGUUGGUUAGACAAGAGCACUAUCUAUGGAUCUAAUGGCGUAGCACUAGGUAUACUUAUGGGAGUGUUACAAGUUAUACAAUGCGACAUAAAGUGCCGAAUAGAGUUGGUGCCAGCUGAUAUGACGACAAACGCUACGAUAGUGGCAGCCUCAACUACUGCCGCUAAACGCACCACCGGUUACCUACAGACAGACAUCUAUACAGUAACCAGCACUAGAAAUCCUAUCAAAUGGAGACAGGCGAUAUCAAUCUUUGCAGAACAAAGGUUUAAAUUCGCGUCUCCAAAAACAACUUGGUUCAUUAACCCCAUCCCUAUCAAGAACUCGGUCAUGUUUACGUUAUUGUUUUGGUUAUUUCACUAUAUACCUGGGUAUAUCUUCGAUGGAUUGAACAUAAUCACAGAUUCGUUAAACUGUACACUAAAACGCAUAAACUUUUGUCUGUGUUGCAAUAUUUUUGUGUCAACCAAUGGCAUCUGAGUGACACUAAUCUUGACAGUUUGUAUAACAGUUUGUCAGAAACUGACAAAGUUAUUUAUAACUUUGAUAUAAAAUCACUGGACUGGAAAGAACA